GCGCGCGGGCGGGCGCUUGUGUGCGUGAGGGUGGUGGUGAUGGUGGUGGUGGUGGUAAAAACCGGUUUUUGAUGCGCGAGAAAGUGACGUGCCGCCCCCCCCACCUUCCCGCCCUUUGCCACGAGCCUCCUGUCGACCCAGAGGCAGCAAAGUAGCCCCAUAAAAACAUCCAAAUCUCUAUUAUUAGUAUUUUUUCCAUUUUUUUCUUGGAGUCUCUGUUGAACCGAGGCUCCAAAAUCUCGCGGGAUAUACGAGAGACGCGUAAAAAGGCCGGCGCACAUCUUAACCGAGGCUUGAGGACUGAACCGGAGCCGCCUAUAUGAAGAUGCUGAUGUGUGACCGCGGCGUCCAGAUGCUCGUGACGACGGUGGGCGCGUUCGCCGCCUUCAGCCUCAUGACCAUCGCCGUGGGCACCGACUACUGGCUGUACUCGCGCGGCGUCUGCCGCACGAAGAACAGCGGCGACAACGACACGAGCCGCAAGAACGAGGAGGUGAUGACGCACUCCGGCCUCUGGCGGACCUGCUGUCUGGAAGGAACGUUCAGAGGCGUGUGCAAGAAGAUCGAUCACUUCCCGGAGGACGCGGACUACGAGGCGGACGCUGCUGAAUACCUCCUACGUGCUGUGCGUGCCUCCAGCAUCUUCCCCAUCAUGAGCGUGGGGCUGCUCUUCCUGGGGGGGCUCUGUGUGGCCGCCAGUGAGUUCUACCGGAGCCGACACAACGUGAUCCUCAGCGCCGGAAUCUUCUUCGUCUCUGCGGGUCUCAGUAACAUCAUCGGAAUCAUCGUCUACAUCUCGGCCAACUCGGGCGACCCGGGUCAGAGCGACAGCAAGAAGUCCUACUCCUACGGCUGGUCCUUCUACUUCGGCGCCCUCUCCUUCAUCAUGGCGGAGAUGGUGGGCGUGCUGGCCGUGCACAUGUUCAUCGAGAAGCACCGCAAGCAGCGGGCCAAGUCCCGCACCGAGCUCAUCAAGAAGUCCGCCUUCGGCCGCAUCCCGUCCUACCGCUACCGCUUCCGGCGCCGCUCCAGCGUGCGCUCCUCCGAGGCCCCGAGCCGCGACGCCUCACCGCUGGGCAAAGGCGGCUACACGGGGCCCGCCGCCUCCGAGAUGCCCAUGUACACGCUGAACCCGCGCGAGCCGGGCAACGCCGGCGGAAAAACCGGCGGCGGCGGCGGCAUGGGCGGCCUGCUCAACUCGGAGAGGGAGUUCCUCCAGAGCAGCACGCUCACGAAAGACUACAGCAAGGACCCCAACCGCAGGACCACGCCCGUCUGA